UCAUAAUGGUCUAAUUGAGAUACUCUUUCUUAAUGAUGUUACUAUGGUUUCAAAGCAAUAUCACGACUACGAUACUGAUGACGUGAAUUUGGAAGAUUUUUCUCGACUGGUGGAUAAACAGAGCGAUGCUCUACGACAACUCGAAUGUGACCUUGAAAAGCUGGAACAGAGGAGGGCCGAGUACAGUUCAGUCAAAGACAGAUUGAAAGAGGUGUCUGGCAAGCUCAGAUGUCCUACAAUGGUGCCGCUUUCGAAGGUUGCCUUCAUGCCGGGAGAGUUGAUCCACACGAAUGAAGUGUUAGUUCUGCUGGGUGAUGGCUACUUUGUGGAGACAACUGCAGCUAAGGCCUCACAAAUUGCCGACAAGAGAUUGUCUCUCAUAGCCGACAGGGCACAUAGUCUAAAGCAGGCCAUCAACUUACAGAAAAACGAAGUGCAAAGUACAAAAACGUUUGUCGAAGAAAACAGUUUGGAAGGCGUGAGAGAGGUUUUCGAGAGGUUAGAAGAUAAAGCCGAAGUGUGUACAAGUGACGCGAAUGCAAUAAAAGGCCGGGUUUCGAAAGUGAAGAACGAAAAUGAAAAACAGGAACUUGUGGAAACGUUGAAGGAAAAGCAGGAACGAAUUCGGAAAGGAGUGAAGGAGUUCGAGGAGCAGUCGCUCAAAGGUCAUCAAAGAGCAAAAACGGAAAUCAAUGAUAGUUUGACUGUAGUUCAGACAUUGGAAAAGAAACCCGAAACAGAAACAAGCAGCAGCGUUGAUCUCGACUCAGUUGCAUGUUCUGGUGCCGUUGAUAGAAGUGCAAUUUUGGCGCGCAUUGAGAAGUUAAUGAAAGAAUCGAAACAGCAGGACCAAAUUGACAGAGAAGAAUCAGAUUCAGAUGAUGACCUAGAAGAAGAAAGCGAUGAAGAAGAAAUUCGAAACAGUGAACUUGAUGAAGCGAAAACGAUUGAAAGUAAUUCAGUCGAUCCCAAAUUGGUUAAAAAGAAAAUAAAAAGAUCCGUUUCGUUUUCGAAAGAUGUGGACAUCAGAGAAAUAUCUCCGACACGUGAAGAAAAGUCAGUUUUGGCGUCGGCGUCGUCGGAACUCAAAAUUGGAAGCCCUCAUGAGCCACAAACAGAGUUUGUUCAGAAAACUAGUCCGACUAUAAAAGCUGUAGAAGAUAAAAUAGUUGAGCGAAAUAUCAGUUACGAUCCAAAGCAAACAAAUGAUUCGCAAGCUGAAACAAAUACAGAUUCCUCAAUUUCCGCCAAACCAGUGUCUUUGUUUAAGAAAAACAGAAAACGUUGAUGAUGAUGACACUUUUUUCGUUUCAGACUUUCUAUUUAUUUUUUGUUUAUUGCAUAGAUGAAAAUGGAAAUUCAAAUAACCGAUGGUCAACCAAGUU